AAUAGUAUGUCAAAGAAACAUGGCGGCGAUUGUCAGAGUUAAGCGACGUAGAAGCGUAGAACCUGUCGAAUCCCUGGUAUUUUCCAGUAAAAAACUGAAAGAAAAUGACAUCCAAGAAGGGACGAGCAACAAAGAAAUUACUGGUUUACUUAAGUUUGCCGGGACAGUACCUAUACAGGAAACUAAUGUUUCAACAUUUAUCCGAGAAGCCAUAAAAAAAGACAAAUUGCGGAAAGAGUACAAAAGCCACACCCAAAGCCAUGACAGCUGGACAGUGCGGCAGCGAAACCACCGGAGACAGCAGUCCACAUCCAACAGGUACAAGGUGGUGUCCAGUUUGAGAUCCCCUCAGCUGGACAGGCUGGAUUUGGUUGAGACUGGGGAAACAGGGGGGAGCAACCAACAGAGGGAACAGCCAAGUGAGAGUACUGAGAACAGGGUUACCUCCCCUAGUACAAGUCAAGCCAGUAAUGGUGUUUUGACAGACAAUGGUGUGAAUGUUCCAGAGAAGAUGUUCUGUUUAUUUGAUGUGGAAGAGGAAGCAGUGAAUCACAUCAGGAAUGCAUCUGCCAGCACAGCACCUGCCCCCUCGUCUAUGUACAGCAACAUCACCUGCAACUCUGUGCCCAUGAUCCGCGAGGCUGUCGCCAGGCCCAGUGAGAGUGAGUAUGUGUACGACCUGUACUACACAAACAGCCAACAGUUCGACUUCCGACAGUUGCAGGACUUUCUCACCAUCCAGGCAUUUGGGGAUGAACUCGUGUUUGCGGACAGUCGUGCAGAUGAAGAAGAGUUUGUUGAGGUGUACGAUGAUGAGGACGACAGUAAUGAUGAGGGGAACUGGAGGAAUGAUUACCCCGAGGAAGACCCUCACUUCAUCGAGAACCAUGAGCAGGAGUACAGCUAUGGAGAUGAUGAUGUCGGUCACCAUAGAUACGACACCGGCGACCCACUGGCAUCCUUCAUGGCAGCUAGCUGUAAUAUUCGUACCGGUGAGGCACCAAGGGACGAUGUCUUGGAGUAUGACGUCCUGUCAGGUCCACAGAGAUCCUACAAGUCAUACUACCGGUCCAUGCUGCAGGACCUUGGGGAGGAUAUGGUGGGCGAUGGUGAUGACGAAGAUGAAGAUGACAACUAUGAUGUCAGAUGAAUUGUUGCCAGCAUAAAACCCCAAGUGCAAUGAAUUGUCUUCAGUCCUCAGUGAGAAGACAUGCAGUAGUCUUUAUUUCAACAGGGAAAUCACAGUUAUUGUGUUCAAACACCAACUUGCUGAAAGAAUAUUCAUUUGUACAGUAAAAUGAAUAAGCCUCAUGUAUUAUUUUGGAUGCAACAUGGUAGUCCGCGAGACUAGUUUUAUGACAAACCACCUGUAAGUUGCCUGUAGUCUGAUCCUGCCUGACCACACUUACUUGUUCUGUAGAUGAGGAAGACUGAAAAGUUCCAAGUUGUGUGAACACGUGUUUCAAGCCACUCAUGGAUCCUCUGAAAUUUGAUUUCUGUUUGAAAUAACGUAACCAAAUGACUGUACAUGGAUGUGGCAGGAAGCAUUUGAAUCAAGACGAUCCAGGAACGGUGAAGCGUGUAUGGAGGCCGUGUAUGGUAUGUGACAUUGUGUUGAUGAUUGUAAGGGAGGUCGUGUUACGGGAAUCUGGCCUGAAUCUCGGGAAUACAGAGGACGGGAAUCGUGCCACACUGUCCUGCCCAGAGCCUGGUAAUCACGACACUGUGUCGCUUUCUAUGAGGUUAGAAUCUCUUUGCCUGGGUCACAGAGGUCCUGUCAUCCAAGGUGCUGCAGUUCACUGCACAGAGUUGCUUCCCUUAACAGUGCCAGGAUCUGCUGGUUGUGGGUUUAAUAAUUGAUUUGUCAUGAUAAUGAUCAUUGAUCUGUCAAUAUGAUGCCCUGCUCCUUGCUUUCACGGAAGUUGUAAGUGUGGAUAAUUUGUGUCACUCUGACUUCUCACGCAUUAAGCUGAGAAGCUGAAACAUCACUGAAAUACAGCUUGGAGUGGACUCAAAUCAAAUUCAUUCAUUCUUUCAGUGUAUAAAAAACAGGGGCCUUGGACAGUAAUAUUAUUGCCAUGUUCAAACAGAGACGAGGCUUUGGAAAUAUUGUAUUGUGAGCAAGUUUUAAUGAGAUUGUUCAAUGAACACAACACUUGUCAAGUAUUAGGAUGCGGGUGACAACAAUCUGAUACACUAACUUCUGUGUGAUGUCUCCACAGCACCUGAACGUGGAGCGUCGUUUAGAAUUGUUCUGUGUGAUGUCUCCACAGCACCUAAACGUGGAGCGUCGUUUAGAAUUGUUCUGUGUGACGUCUCCACAGCACCUAAACGUGGAGCGUCGUUUAGAAUUGUUCUGUGUGACGUCUCCACAGCACCUGAAUGUGGAGUGUCGUUUAGAAUUGUUCUGUGUGACGUCUCCACAGCACCUGAACGUGGAGCGUCGUUUAGAAUUGUUCUUGUGGAUGUAUGUAGUUGUUCAAUCACCUUAAGCCAGAUGAGGAACCGUGUGUAGGACAUCUCACCUUGACCUUGGAUUCAAAUAGUCGUCCUUUAUGAACUCAGUCCGUGAUUGUCGUUGUCUUAUUCAUGCUAACAUGCCAAGUCUUGAAAGUUGCUUUUUACAAGAAUAGGAAAAAAUAUGCUGUAACAACUGAUGAAGGCGGGCCUCUGAUGAGAGGUCAUUCGGAGGUCAGCAUGGGCGUCGUUAGCAUGAGACUUGAUUCCUGGUGUCCGAUGUGGAGUAUAUGUACAGUUAACACCCUGAAGAGACUCGGUUCCUGGUGUCCGAUGUGGAGUAUAUGUACAGUUAACACCCUGAAGAGACUCGGUUCCUGGUGUCCGAUGUGGAGUAUAUGUACAGUUAACACCCUGAAGAGACUCGGUUCCUGGUGUCCGAUGUGGAGUAUAUGUACAGGUAACACCCUGAAGAGACUCGGUUCCUGGUGUCCGAUGUGGAGUAUAUGUACAGUUAACACCCUGAAGAGACUCGGUUCCUGGUGUCCGAUGUGGAGUAUAUGUACAGUUAACACCCUGAAGAGACUCGGUUCCUGGUGUCCGAUUUGGAGUAUAUGUACAGUUAACACCCUGUAGGGCUCGGUGCCUGGUGUCCAAUGUGGAGUAUAUGUACAGUUAACACCCUGAAGAGACUCGGUUCCUGGUGUCCGAUGUGGAGUAUAUGUACAGUUAACACCCUGAAGAGACUCGGUUCCUGGUGUCCGAUGUGGAGUAUAUGUUUUUGGUCUUCAGUGUGUGAUAUAUGAACAGUUGACACCUUGCGCAAUGAACAGAUACACAGGGUACAAAAACUAAAACAUCAUUUUGAAAGUUGUCUGAAGGUACCGCCAGUUCUGACAUUUCUAUGGUCAUGAUUGCUUCAGAUUUAUAGAAGCUGCCAGAUGUCAUGUUGUGACUUUCAUCAAGAAAGCUGAUCUUAUGCAUUAAGUAAACUGUCAUAACAGAUGUGUGGUAGGAAGAUCGUGUUUAUUCUUUUGUUUAACUAUUUCUUGCUGCGAAUCAUAGCUGAAAGAUUGCUGCAGUGGUAUUAACUGACUGUUCAGGAGCAAUAACCAAUGUAUACAUGCUGAGAGAACAUUUUGAUAUCUUUUUAUUAUAUAUUUCAGUAUGCAAAUAAAAGCUUCAUAUAGUA